UCCAUAUUCUGAUUAUCUUAGAGUCGUAACACUCUCACGCAAGAGAAGUCAGUUUUGACGGCAAACGUUCGCAGCAGCUAUAACCAUGAAAUCCUUCAUCAAUUACUCGCCAGAUUGCGACUUCCCGAUCGAGAAUUUACCGUAUGGAGUAUUUUCUACAAAGAAUAAGCCUGAGAAAAGAAUAGGAGUAGCAAUUGGUGAUGAAAUUUUGGAUUUAAGUGCUAUCGCAAAUUAUUUCGAUGGCCCGCUAUUGAAAGAUAAACAGGCUGUAUUUCGACGUGAUUGCCUCAAUGAUUUUAUGUCACUUGGUAGACCAGCAUGGUUAGAAGCAAGAUCAAAACUUCAAGAGUUGCUUUCUGCCAGCAACCAUACUUUGCAAAAUUCGGAAAUUUGCUCAAAAGUUUUAGUUGCACAGAAAGAUGCUAUGAUGCACCUGCCCGCAAAAAUUGGUGACUAUACUGAUUUUUACUCAUCAAUUCAUCAUGCUACAAACGUUGGCAUCAUGUUCCGUAGCAAGGAAAACGCACUGAUGCCGAAUUGGAAAUACUUGCCAGUCGGCUAUCAUGGGAGAGCCAGUUCCGUUGUUGUGUCUGGCACGCCCAUAAGACGACCACGUGGUCAAAUACUUCCUGUUGAAGGCGCAGCACCAGUUUUUGAGCAAUCAAAACUAAUGGAUUUUGAGCUGGAAAUGGCUUUCUUUAUCGGCGGGAAACCCACGAAUAUCGGUGAUACUAUUCCAGCUUCAAAAGCCUACGACUACAUCUUUGGAGUAGUCAUGAUGAAUGAUUGGAGUGCACGAGAUAUUCAAAAAUGGGAAUACGUCCCAUUAGGUCCAUUUGGUUCAAAAAAUUUGGGAACGACAAUUUCUCCAUGGGUAGUUACGAUGGAAGCUCUAGAACCCUUCAAAGUACCCAAUGCGGUUCAAGAUCCAAUACCAUUCCCAUAUUUGCAACAUUCUGAGUCUUGUAACUUCGACGUUAAAUUGGAAGUGGACAUUAAGCCUUCGAAUGGCAUAGUUACAACUAUCUGCCGCAGCAAUUAUAAACAUAUGUAUUGGACAUCCCAACAACAAUUGGCGCAUCAUACUGUGACCGGAUGCAAUAUUAAUCCUGGUGACUUAAUGGCUUCCGGUACUAUAAGUGGAGAGACUCCAGACUCUUUCGGUUCUAUGUUGGAAUUAUGUUGGAAAGGAACGAAGAAUAUUCUACUUAAAGAUGGUGCAACAAGAAAAUUCCUUCAAGAUAAUGAUGAAGUGAUUAUUCGCGGUUAUUGUGUCGGUGAUGGUUACAGAGUUGGAUUUGGACAAUGUGCGGGUAAAUUGUUACCUGCCCACACCGAAUAAAGUCGAUAUAUUAAAUAACAAAAAGUUAUUACUUAUAUCAUUAUUGUGUAUAACUUACUGUUUUAUAUGUGUACUGCAUUAUAAUAAAUAUGUUUAUAUUACUUAA